CGUUUGUUUGCGCCGUGUAGCGCCAUUUAGUUGCCACUAUCUCGACAGCAGCCAUGUCGGGCAGCCCAGGUGACGGGAACCGUAUGUCCAUGUACGGCAAGUCUUACCUUAGUCCAGGGGCCAAGGCUGGAUUGUGGAAAAAUGUCCUCAGCAGAUAUCAAUACAUCAGGCGCCAGCACCUGUCCAUCAAGGGAGACGGGACGGAGUACUUCUCCGGUGAAACCCUGUACAGCCGGGACACGUUGGACAAACUUCGGACCAGCUGCUACGGCCCGCGGACACGCCGAACCAUGGCGGACGUUCAGGACAACAUCUACGACAGGCUGUUUCACCAGAAGGAGGGCUUCGACAGCAAGCUACAUCGAGACGAUAGAAGACACAUCUUAGAGAUAGGCAGGGCUGUGCAUGAAGAGGAAACCAAUCGGGUAUGUCCCAUGCAGUCGUCAUCCGAAUAUGGCAGAAGAAUACACGCUCCGCUUGAGCCUUUUGACCGCAAGAGGGUGCGUAUAGAUCACGUGGUGAAAGGUUUCUCUUACCCACGAGGAACCGGUCUGCCGCCACUUGAGUCAUAAACACAUUGCUCUCACCCCAUUUAAAUAGGGAGUCUUUUCACUGAACAUUAAAAUUCACGAAAUUA